AUGACAAAUCAAGAAAUGAGAACUGUACGGUUGACAGUUAUCGCAGCAGAUGGCCUAUAUAAAAGAGAUGUUUUUCGGUUACCUGAUCCUUUUGCAGUUGUUACCGUUGAUGGUGAACAAACACAGACUACUUCUUUUAAAAAAAGAGAUCAAGGUUUUUUAGGUGUAAUUAAUGUUCAAAUUGGUGAUGUGUUUGAUGUUAAUACUGGUGGUGAUGUCUCAUCGCGGCCAACGAGUAUUUCAACUACAACACCUUCAACAUCAUCUGGUGUCACUCAAAAUGGUGCUAUUGUAAGCCCAAGUCCUGGAUCUGGACAUUCCUCAACAAACAGGACAUUUUCAUCAUUUGAAGAUCAAUAUGGAGCUUUGCCGCCUGGCUGGGAAAGGCGCGUUGAUCAUUUAGGACGUACUUAUUAUGUCGAUCAUAAUACUCGAACAACUACUUGGGUAAGACCAUCGACGAAUGCAACUGCAACUCAAAGAUUACAAGAGCAACAAAAUAUAACAGAAUUAGAACGCCGCCGUCAUAACAAUCGUACACUUCCUGAGGAAAGGCUACCAACAAAUUCUUCGCCAUUACCUAAUAAUAAUUCAUCAUCUACAUCUCUUGCAAAUUCUAAUGCAGAAACAUCAACAAGUUCUCCAGCAACGAAUGGUAUAAUACCAGUAAGUGGCGCAACAACAGCUGGAUUUGGUCCAUUACCACCUGGUUGGGAACAAAGAGCAACGCCAGAAGGUAGACCUUAUUUUGUAGAUCAUAAUACUAGAACAACAACAUGGGUUGAUCCUCGUAGGCAACAAUUCAUUCGGAUGUAUGGUGGAAAUGCCAAUAAUGUCACAGUUCAACAACAACCAGUAUCUCAACUUGGACCUUUACCUUCUGGAUGGGAAAUGCGUUUAACUAGUACAGCAAGGGUAUAUUUUGUAGAUCAUAAUACAAAAACAACAACAUGGGAUGAUCCGAGAUUACCUAGUAGUCUGGAUCAAAAUGUGCCUCAAUAUAAGCGAGAUUUCCGUAGAAAACUUAUUUAUUUCAGGUCUCAACCAGCACUUCGUCCUGUUCCAGGGCAAUGUCACAUCAAAGUUAGACGUAAUUUUAUUUUUGAAGAUGCCUAUUCGGAAAUUAUGCGUCAACAACCACAAGAACUUAAAAAACGUUUAAUGAUUAAAUUUGAGGGAGAAGAUGCGCAUGAUAACUACACACUUCAAAUUAAUCCUCAUUCAGGAAUUAAUCCUGAACAUCUCAAUUAUUUUAAAUUUAUUGGCCGUGUAGUUGGUCUUGCAAUAUUUCAUCGUAGAUUUUUAGAUGCAUUUUUCAUCACAUCAUUUUACAAAAUGAUUUUAAAAAAGAAAGUUGGGCUACCUGAUAUGGAAAGUGUUGAUGCAGAUUUUUUUAGGAGUUUAAAAUGGGCUUUAGAUAAUGACAUUACAGAUGUUUUAGAUCUGACAUUCUCAACAGAGGAUGAUCGAUUUGGUGAAGUGGUGACCGUUGACUUAAAACCAAAUGGAAGAGAUAUUCCUGUUACAGAAGAAAGCAAAAAAGAAUAUAUUGAACAUAUAACUGAGUGGCGUAUUUCAAAACGUAUUGAAGAACAAUUUAAAGCAUUUAUGGAAGGAUUUAAUCAAUUAAUACCUCAAGAUUUGAUUUCAGUUUUUGAUGAACGUGAAUUAGAGGUUGGAACAGAGAUUGACGUGGAUGAUUGGAAGAAGCAUACUGAUUAUAGAGGCUAUACUGAAUCUGAUGAAGUUAUACAGUGGUUCUGGAAGUGUGUAAGAUCAUGGGAUUCAGAAAAGAAAUCUCGUUUACUGCAAUUCACCACUGGAACAUCACGUAUCCCUGUCAAUGGAUUUAAAGAUUUACAAGGUAGUGAUGGACCUAGAAGAUUUACAAUAGAGAAGGCAGGUGAUAUUACUCAAUUACCAAAAAGCCAUACUUGCUUCAAUCGUAUUGACUUGCCACCAUAUAAAACAUAUGAUGCAUUGGUAGCAAAAUUAACACUAGCUGUAGAAGAGACCAUAGGAUUCGGACAAGAAUAA